AAAUAGUAUUUUGAAAAUGGAAAGAGGCGGUUUUAUUUUGUAGGUGGGGACCGGAUGUUGUGCGCUGGUGUUACGUCACCACACAUGACGGAGGACCAUGACGUGAGCAGUGAACAGACAGUGUUUGACAGAUGUUUGUGCGGGACAAGGCUCCUCGCUCAAUGCGGAGGAGACGCGGAGGGGAGCGGUCUGUGUUCGGAGAGUUAACCGCCGAGCAGCGCUUCAUGUCCGGCAACAUGUCCGGAGAAAAGGCGUCGAGUCCCUGCAACAAGUUCCAGGCGAACAUCUUUAACAAGAGUAAGUGUCAGAACUGCUUCAAGUCCCGGGAGCUGCAUCUGAUGAGCGACCACGACAAGGAGCAGGCAAAGCCCAUCUAUGGCGGCUGGCUAUGUCUGGCUCCCGAGGGGACAGACUUUGACAACCCAAUGCAGAGGUCCAGGAAAUGGCAGCGACGCUUCUUUAUCCUGUACGAACACGGCAGCCUGAGAUUCGCCCUCGAUGAACUGCCCAGCACUUUGCCACAGGGGACGGUGAACUUGAAUCUGUGCACAGAGAUCGCAGACGCCGAGCCCCGGACGGGUCAGAGGAACGCGCUCUGCAUCGUCACGUCAGAGCAGGAAAUAUUCAUCCGCGGGGACAAUAAAGAGAUCAUCAAUGGGUGGAGCGAACAGCUGUCUGUGUAUCUACGGACCAACAAACAAUAUCAGAAGAAAAAACGCAAAGUGGAGCCUGUCGCCACACAGGAACCCAGUCCAGCAAAGAUGGCUGCGACAGAUCCGGUACAGUCCAGCUGUGGUCGGUGGCAGGAAGAGCAGCGGGGCAGGGGACCGGAUGUGACCCCCAUCUGGACUGUCACAGACACUGAGGCCGCGGGCCCGGAGCAGACCCCUGCAGACUGCGCGUCAGCUUUCCUGUGCCCGGUGUCCAGAGACCCUCUGACCUUGGAUGGCGAUGGCCAUUUCGGGAACCCAGUUUUGGAUUCGGUCGCCAACGGUAACAUCACCCAGCCGGUCCAAGCGUCAACAAACAGCAAGAACCAGAGGCAGGACAGAAGCAGUGGCGGCAGAACCGAGAGGAUUGUGGGAUUGGACGUCACCAAUAAAGAGCAAGAAGGGGGGGCAGCCGUUUCCAGCAGGGGCAGGAGUGAGGCUCGCAACAGCAAGCGAGAGAAGCUAAACUCAUGCGGAGACUUAACCCAGCUCAGCGCGCCCCCUCCUCAGAGACGAGCCAAAUCUCUGGACCGCAGGACGUCAGACACUGUCAUGACGCCGGAUCUAUUAAACUUUAAAAAAGGCUGGAUGGUGAAGUUGGAUGAAAAAGACCAGUGGAAGAAAUACUGGUUUGUGCUGUCGAUUGACAGUCUGAGGUUCUACAAGGACUCGAUAACUGAGGAGGCGUCGGACCUGGAAGGAGAAAUCGACCUCACUCGAUGUUAUAAUGUGUCUGAGUAUCAGGUGCAGAGGAACUAUGGCUUUCAAAUCCACACCCUGAUGGCCGUCUACACAUUGUCAGCCAUGACUGCAGGAAUACGCAGGAACUGGAUCCAGUCUCUGAUGAAAAAUGUUCAUCCAGUUAACACUCCUGAUGUAACGAGUUUACCUGGCCACCACGCUCCACGCAGUGCACCUGAAGCCCUCCCCAAACCAGAUGUGACUCAGGAUUCUCGCUCCACUGACGUCCCCACAGAGAGAGACCCUCACCACAAACCCAGGAGUGUGGUGGAAAGGCGGCGGGAAGGACGCUACAAAACCUACGACUGGGCUGAGUUCAGGCCUCAGAACAAGUCGAUGCUGGAGUCUGAUCAUCAGAGAGAUAAAUCUCCCUGCUCACUGGAGCUGGGCGAACUGGACAGAAAGAGGAGGCGGGAGGAGAGGAGGAGGAGGUACGAGAACAUGCUGGGCUUCUCUCUGAGUUGGGACAAGACUGGCGGUAAGACGGACAAUGGUGGCGUCAGAGCACUGAGUCCCGAAUCACAGCAGAGAGUGGAGGAAGAGAUAGAGGAGUGCUGGAUGCAGGUGGAGAAGACUGUGUUCAGACUGGAUAGGACUGUCCCACUGUUUACUGAAGCCGAAGACACUGUGGAUAUGGAGAAGCUGCUGAACGGCUACAGGAAUGGGGUUGAGGAUCUGAAGCUUCAGCUGGCAGAGUCGGAGCGUCACAGGCUGGAGCUGGAAGCUCAGCUGAGUCCAGUGGGGGAUCAUCAUCCGCAGGUCACACUGACCGAGCCUCCUCUGGGUCCUGAAGAAGAUUUUUGUCCAUUGGACACAAAUGAAGAUUUGUCAAACUGCCAAACACUGAGCCUGAAAGAAGCAUACGAAGGCACCAGAGAGGUUUCACAGCAGCAGAUCAUUAUCGCACAGGACGUGACGGAGCUGCUCAGCCUUGAACCACCUUUGUCCACACCUCAGCAGACACCAAGCAUCUGGCUGCACGAUACAGAAGGCCACUUCCAAGAGCUGGGAGAUUUCCUUCCUGAGGGUGUAGCCACUCCUUUAUUUUCACCUACAUCAGACAGUCAAUGCAUUCUGUCUCAAAGUGAUGGACGACUGUUAGAACUAAACUCUGAUGACACAACAGCCGACCACCAGAGGCAGCUGGACAGAGAAGACAGUCCGCUGUUUCCCACCACAGAAACACAAAUAAAUAACAGUGAAUACAACUCAAUUCCAUGCAUUUUAGGGAAGCCGUCAGAGGGAGACGACAGCCCAGUCAACUGCCUCAUAGAGCAGCACAUCCCUCCGGACCAGGCGAUGGUGAGGAGGCUUUCCCAAGAGGUGGAGCUGCUCACCAGCCAGAACGAGGCUCUCAACCAACGCAACCAGGAGAUGCUUAACCAGCUGACGGAGGCAGACCGUGAGAUAGAGAGGCUGAAAGCAGAGGUGAGCAGCAGGUACACCGAACCCCAUCACCUUCCAGAGGUGGAGCAACAGGGGAACAUGAGAGCAGAAGAUCUGGAGAGGGAGCUGAGCCUGAGGAACCAGGAGCUCCUGGAGGCUCAGACGCUCAUCACGUCUCUGACGGACAAUCUGAGGGGGACGGAGGCAAUACUCCAGCUGGACGUCGACGAGGAAGAAGCAGGAGGGGAGAAAAAUGACCCGAAAUCAGAGGGAUAUCUGCUGCGAUGUUUUGAGGCUACUGAAGCUAAGCUAACAGAGCUGGAGAAGCAGCUCAACCGAUCAGAAACCAACUGUGGGGAGCUGCACGUGCAAAACGCUGAGCUGAAAGAGGCUGAGAGAUUUUACCACCAGAGAGCUGCGGAGGCGGAGGCCGACAUCAGGAGGCUGAAUCAGGAGUUAGAGGCGGAGAGGUUCAGGCAUGAGAAGAAAAGUGUUUCUGGUGAAGAAAGGAUCCGGCAAGUGAUAGAGGGGAUGGUCGUGAGGUUGGACGCUUUGGAGAAACUUUUGGAGGCAAUUGGCAAGUUGGAUUAUGGGAAAGAAAGAGAGAAUGAGGAGACGAUGCCUGCAAUGCUAAGUCAGCUGAAGUGGGAGGAAGACUUCUGGAGUUUGCUUUUCAACGAAUUGCGAGCCAGCACUUCCCAAUCGAAUGAGGAGAAAUGUGUAGAAGUGCUCCUCAGAGAGGUGGCAGAGCGCAUGGUUGUAGAGAGGCAGAUGCUGCUUUUAGGUCAUUAUUUACUUUCUGGGAACGAUUCAUGCACAGAUGAGGGAAGGGAAGGUGUGAAAGAUCUGGAUGUUAUUUGGAAUACCGCAAGUGUGACAGCGACAGAAACCCAAAGGACAGAUGAAACCAGGAUGUUUGAUUCUAUUAACCAGCUGUGCCACAUUGAACAUUUCAAAGCAGCAACGCAGAUGAAAAUGUCUUUGCUAAACUGCGUCGCCUCCGCCCCUGAAAAGCUGCAGCUGAUUGCAGAAAGUUGUCGUGAUUUUCAUGUUUCAGAGCAUCACUGGUUUGGUUUAAUUCACUCCGCAGCCACCGAGGCACUGUACUGCUUCCAUCUACAGCGGCUGCAGUCAAAAUGUGAGAAACAGCUUGAAGAAACGAAACGGAAACUUCUCAACUGCAGCAGCUGUGUCAAACUGAUUGAGGAGAACAGGGAGCUAAAAGCAAGACUGUCAAAUCUAGAAGAGCAGCAGGCGUCCACAUGUGGAGAUACGAGGAACGUGUGCUGUCAGACGGAUGAGAUUUCACCACAGGACACAGGCAUGGAGCUGCAGAUAACACAGGCAGGUAUUGUGGAUAAAAUUGGGGAAGAGGAGAUGGUCGCGUCGUCACUAAACUGUACGGACGUCCCACUUCUGGGAACACAGGAGGUGUCGAAAGAAAACUCAGAGGACAGUGUUGAAUCCCAGCAGGAAUCAGAUCCAAACACGGAGAUGGAGCAAGUUUUAGUGCUGAGAAGAAGAGUGAAGGAGCUGGAGGAGCUGCUGUCCGUCACCGUGGAGGAGAUGAGCCAAGAGUUUGAGGGCAAAAUGAUUUGUGUUCAGAUGCAACAUGAGAAGGAGACGGAGAAGCUGAAGGCCACAUGUCAGCGAGGGUUCCUCUCCAUGGAGCAGUCCCAUCUCAAGGUCCUGGAGGAGCUGCAGCGCCGACACCAGCAGGAGGUGGAGCGCCUCCUGGUGGAGAGAGACCAGCUGCUGGAGGAAGAGAGCUCUGCAACUGCGACUGCAAUCGAAGCGAUUAAGAACGCUCACCGUCUGGAGCUGGAGCGGGAGGUGCAGAGAAGAUGUCAGUCAGAAAACAGCAAUGAAAACAACGUCCUGGAGAUCAUGCAGAGACAACACAGCGAGGAACUGGCUUCUUACCAGCGGGAGCUCGAGGUUUUGUCCCAGCAGUUUUGUCUGAAGUGUCUGGAGAACGGACACCUGGUGCAGGCUCUGGAUGCAGAGCGGAGGGCCUUGUGCCAGUGCCAGCAGGAAAACCAGGACCUGAGGACCAGAAACCAGGAGUUGAGCAGUCACCUCGCAGCAGAGAUAACCAGACUGUGUUCACUCGCCAAGCAGGACGAGCUGCCGUUCAGUCAGGGAAUGGACAUCUACGAGAUGGAGAUUACCCUGCGAGUGAAGGAGUCUGAGGUUCAGUGUCUGAAGCAGGAGAUCACAUCUCUGAAGGAUGAACUGCAGUCGGCACAGAGGGACAAGAGGAACGCCACAAAGAAGUACAAGGACAUGUUCACAGAGCUGAGCAUCGUCAGAGCCAAAUCCGACAGCAAGGUAGACGAGCUGAGAGAGAACCUGAGGCUGGCUCAUCACGCUCUGGACCAGACUUCACCCUGAAUUUAUCCACUUUCACAACAUUUGUCUUCACUGCGACAUUCAAAAUACUUUACCCUCAGUAUUAUUCUCAAAACAAAAAAAUAUAUAUAUGUAUUUUAUAAAACCUGGAAGUCUUAUCCUCAAACUCACUCUGUUUUUUUAUUCUCCCAGUUUCGGGGAUAAAGAUUAUCAGUCACUUCUUGACCAUGUAUUUAACACUGUUUGUGAUUUAGUUCUUCCUGUGAUUAUAUUGUCAAACGUA